AUGUCAUCUAGCCCCCCAUCCACCUUUGUUAGGAGAGAAGGCGAUUCUUCAUCCAAUGGCAAUUCUCCACCCAAGAAGACCUCGAAUAGAAACAGAGCAGGGUACGGAAAAUACGCAAGCUGGAAGGACCGGUUUGAGCAGCUCAAGGAGUACAAGAAGGAGCAUGGUCACUGUGGAGUUCCUGCAAGUGUUCCAUUGCUUGGGCGCUGGGUAACCUGUCAGAGGCAAGAGAGAAGGAGAAACAGGCUCAGCAAGGAACGAAUUGCUGCCCUUAAUGCCAUUGGAUUCUUGUGGUGUGGUUUUCCAAGGGUCCGGACGGCACAAGAAAUGGGUCUGCUUGGAAGCAAAAAUUCUUCUGAUAAUGACGAGACUGAAUCUGUGGCGGUCAGUUAUGACGAGUAUCAAGGGCUCUAUGAUAAUGCUGGCACCACUGGUCAGGCAGGGAAGGCGGGGAAGCCAGCUGUAGUCAAGCUGAAGAACCGUUCCUACAUUCAACAGCAGGAGGAUGAAUACCAGUAUCUCCAAGGGAAAUCCCAACGGAAUAAGCGACUGGAGCGGGAUAAUUCUGAUGAGAAGGAAGAAGAUGAGGGAGCCGUUCCAAGCAAACUUCAGCUGCUCCACAAGCUGGUCAUGACCCAGGAAAAAAUGCAGCUACAGAGUGAGAAAAUCCAGCAGCUACAGAAUGAGAAAAUCCAACAACUAGAGAGGGAGAAAAUCCAACAGCUGCAGGGAAAUGACAACCGGCGUCGCAAGAAAGUGCUUUACCGGCCCCGAAACAGACGCCACAGGAAGGAUGAUUCGGAUGAGGAAGGGGAAGGGGAUGAUUCGGAUGAGGAUGAAUACAAGGAGACAGUUCCUCCUAAGCGGAAAGAGAGAGAGCCGAGCCGUCUCAAGGAGCCCCACAGUAAGAAGCGCUGCAGGAGGGAUGGUUCAGAUGAGAAAAUGGAACAAGAAAUCAACGGGUCUGAAGGAAAAAAUUCUGGCGAUGAUGGCCAAGACCAGCUGAGGACCGAGAUUGAAAUUGUCAAGGCUGCCAAUACAGAGCAGGGGGCAACUAUUGAAGAGAAUCAGGCUACAAUUGAGGAAGAAGACAAUGGGACAGUUGUUCCAGCCCAUAAAGAGGGUGAGCCGGGCCAUCUGAAGGAUCCCCACAGUAAGAAGCCCCAUGGGAGGGAUGAUUCAGACGAAAAAUUGGAACAAGAAAUCAAAGGGUCUGAGGGAAAAAAUGCUGGCGAUGAUGGCCAAGACCAGCUGAGGACCGAGGUUGAAUUUGUCAAGGCUGCCAAUACAGAGCAGGGGGCAACUAUUGCAGAGAAUCAGGCUACAAUUGAGGAAGAAUACAAUGGGACAGUUGGAACAACUGAGAAAGAGAAAGAGCCGGGCCAUAUGAAGGAGCCCCCCAGUAAGAAGCCCCAAGGGAGGGAUGAUUCAGACAAGAAAAUGGAACAAGAAAUCAAAGGGUCUGAAGGAAGUGCUGGUGGCGCUGGUGGUGACGACAAUCAAGACCAGAUGAGGACUGAGACUGAGAUUGAAAUUGUCAAGGCUACCAAUGCAGAGCACGAGGCCACUAUUGCAGAGCAUAAGGCUACAAUUGCAGCGCUGAGAGCCAAAAUCCAAGAGAAUAAUUCGCAAGGAUCAGCUCCAUGA